GGACUGGCAGCCACACCCCAGGAGAGGUGUGCAGUGGCUCCAGCCUCCGGCUCCUUACAACAACCUGGUUGCAGCCCGAGGGAGAGGAUCAGUAACAAGCGUCAACUACAAGCUGCCCUGAGAAUUAAAACGGCUUUCGAAAGCAAAUAGAACAUGCGUGGAUUUCUGGAGCAGCCGGUCGCAUCGGAUGGAGACUGAGUGAUAUCGCCCAUGUGUCCCGGGGCCGGACUGACGACAAUCGCUCUGGGUCCUGCCACUCUGUGAUUCAUUCUAAUGACCCUCCACUGUAACUUCAGCAUCUCGAAUCGAUGUAAUGUGAAUGGUAUAAACAAUGGGAUUAUUAUUAUCCCAGUCAUCCUUGGCAUCUCCUCUGUGGUUCUGAUCACGAUAAUCAUAUGGAAGACCUGUAAAAUGAAGCAACAGAGGGAGCGUGCACCAGUUAUCCUCCUGCAAGACAAAUCUGAGCCUGUCCGUCAGCUGGAGAUUGAAAAUGGAUCGUUGUCGACGGCAACUGAACGGAUGCUGGCAACUAAAGACCCCUCUCUGAAGCAGUGGGAAAUUUCCCCCGAACACAUAGUUGGUAAUUUGGAAUAUAUGCAGAGUGGGAGUUAUGGCCCAAUGUAUAUGGCCAACAUCCUCUCUCUGGAUGGGUCUGGAGAAGUCAAAGCUGUGUUCAAGUCUCUUCAUGACAACGCAAGUGCAAAGGAAUUGAGUGACUACCUGGACCUGCUGAAGUUCCACACAAAGAUCUGUAAUCAUGAAUCCAUUGUGAAGCUGCUGGGCUGUCAAACAGAGAGAAUGCCCCUGUACUUGCUGUUGGAGUUCGUGAAUGGGGGAAACCUAUUGCACUCCUUGUGGAAAUCUCGUGAGACAGAAGCUCAAGCUGGAGGAGGAGAACUUAAACUCACUGAGAGAGAUGUAUAUAGCAUUGCAAAGCAAGUAGCAUGUGGACUGGAAUAUCUGACUACAAAGCACCACCUAAUCCACGGGGAUGUUGCUGCCCGGAAUUUACUGAUCCACGACAAUCUCACCGUUAAACUGACUGGCCUGAGCCUGGCCUUUGAUGUUUACAAGACGAGGACUCUCUCAUCCCACAAAGCAGCCCAGGUUCCCAUUAAAUGGCUUGCACCCGAGAGGAUAAUGAAGCUGCCAAUUACGGAGAAGAGUGACACGUGGUCUUUUGGAAUUCUUGCCUAUGAAAUAAUUACUCUAGGUUCUCCUCCAUAUCCAGAACUUCAGCCUCUGGAGGUGUUUCCAAAACUGCAAAGAAAUUAUAGAAUGUCGAAACCAUCUAAUAGCAGCAAUGCACUAUAUGAUCUGAUGAAACACUGCUGGCAAUGGAAGGCAUAUGAUCGGCCAAGCUGGUCAGAGUUGAUCAAUAAACUCAAUUCCUGGAUGAAUACUGCUGACAAGGUUGAAUUGCUAAAGGUAGCCGAUGAUCUGGACCUUGACCAAUACAAGCAAGCUGCUGGUGUUUUCUAGCAAGAACUACAAUGCAAAAGCUGCUUGGCUGGGACCAUUUUAUAACUGCAAGUGUUGAGGCAAAUGCUGAGUAUUAAUCUCAGUCGCAGAAUACUGCCUGCUAUACAGACUGUGAAUUUGUGCUCUGGCUGGCCAAGCUGUGACUGGAUUGGAUUAUGCAGUGGAUUAACCCAAUACUCUGUUAUGACUGAUGACUUGGAGAAGCCCUCUUGGGCUGUGGUAACCCAGGAUCUUUCACUGCUGUUGCUGAAAUUCAGUGAUGGCUUGAAUCUAACACAAAACCACUUGUACAACCAACACUGCACUCUGAUGUUUGACGGCUGAGGAAAGAUAAAUCUGCUGGAGGACGCAAUUGGACUGUUGCAAUCGGGGAGUAGCAUGCAGUAAACUCCAGAAUAUAAGCUUGAGUGUACUCGGGUCAUGAUUAGUGGUGAGGUUUCUUAGUUAAAGGAGAAGAAAUGGUAACAUAUUGUUAUAUACAAUUGACUAAGCUGUCUGCUGUGAAGUUCCAAUACAUAACAUCAGUUUUGUUUUGGCUUCAACCCCUGCACUUGUAAAACAGGCUGCUACUAAAAAAUAUCAGAUAAAUUCUACAGGUCACUGUGAAUCUCCAAAUGUAGGAGUAAUUUUCUUGGGUGAGUUGAGAUUGUGGUGUACUGGAAGGCAUUUGCAAAACUUGAAAAUAAAUUUAAAAUCUGGUUAAA